UCCCAACGGAUGACAUAGGAGAUAUGGUCGAAUGCUGUCUUCCUGGUCAUUCAGGAUCAGGCAAACCUGAGGAUCAAGACUAUUGUACGAUAGAGCCCAGUGAGAUAACAUGAUUCAGAAAAGUCCUGAAUGACCAGGCCUCCCACUGCGAAAUAUUAAGUAGUCCAAAAUGAACCCUAGAAUCUAGUUCCGAAACUGUUAGAGCAGCAAUAUUGCACAAAAAUGUCCCUAAAUUAGUUGUAGGGGAUGUGGAGAACAUUGCUACCAUGUUUGGGCUUCUUAGAGGUCAAAUAAUAUUUGUGGAUUAUUAAAAUUACAUCCUAAUGUCCUCCAGGACUUUCCUUCAUAUUCUCUCUUGCCCAUAUUUACACCAAGGAGAGGCCUUUUCUGAAGCAGAAUGUGAGCAGGAAAUUACCCUUUUCUGUCACCCAUCCCCCGAGUGGGCCAACUGCCUCUCGGAACCAGGACUGCUGAAUGGCAGGGCCUAACAAAACCUGAUAUAACUGACUUCUUUAAGACAAGCUCUGAUGCCACAGGCUAUAAUUGAUGAAAUCGAGAAGAGGGAAAAGAUGACCACAUUCUUGUGGAAGUCUGGUACCUACUUGGCCAUAUUUGUGAACCUCUGGCUGCUCCCAGUCAAUGUGGAGGUCAGUGCCUGGCCCUGCAGCACUGAGAGGAUAGUUCAUUCAGCUGCCUCUUUUGAUGUGCUAGAUGUACGAACAAGACCUCCAAGUGGUGUGAACCUUCGUUAUGUCUACAGGGAUCCAAUCUUAAUACAACACCCAUGUGGAAAGAGAUUUAAAACAGGGAUUCCCCCAACUUUAUACCUUGGGGAAAAUGUUUUUCUCAGUUUUGACCGUUUUGAAAGCAGCCGACAGCCAGUACUUAUCCCAUCAACCUUAACAACUCCGCCAGCCCUGGUUAGUUCUGCUGUCUUUGUCCAAACAGACAGACUCCUGAUAGUGGUAAAUGGGAUAGUUUAUCUUCACUUCAUUUACCAGCUGAAUUUAUGGAAAACAGCAAAAGGAAUUAAAGAUCCAGUUACUGAGCUCUCAAACUACGAUUGUUGCUUUGCUCCAAAAGAUCUUAUCUGCUCUGAUAUCAGUCAAAUGGUCCUGGCCUAUGACACAGGCGAUUUGGCCAACACCAGGCAGAUAUUCUACUCCCAAGAUGGUGGAUUUACAUUUAAGUCUAUAGAAAGUAAGCCACGUUAUGAUGGCACACUGCUUCGUGUGUACUAUUUUGCUUCCACGUCAGAAAUUGGAAUGCUUGUUAAUAGGACUGAAGAUAAUGCAACUUUGACUUAUUUCACAUAUGGAGAUGUAGAAUACGUGGCUAAUCAAACAGGAACACCAUUUGUUUUAAAUCUACACGAUGACGACAAAAUCCUAAGCAUACUUCCUCCCGGGCUAAGAGGUUUUAUCAUACUUUGGUCCCAUGACCACUUUAUGAGCUCAUCCAACAAUGGGAUGACAACAGAAAUUGUCACUGUACUUCCCACACAUGAUUAUCCUAACACCAGUUUCCCUACGCAUGACGAAGGUGUAUGUUUUGUGGCUGCCACCAGUUCUGAAGUUGCAGCCAUCACCAAGAAUCGGCUUUUCUAUGGAAGCUUAGACAUGGUUUCCAGUCAGAUGGUACUUCUUGGAGAAAAGAACGUCUCCACGCUAGCUGACCCUUGUGAAGUCAUGAUGUUUGACCACAUCGGGACGCUUAGCAUCAUACAUCCUGUUCCCAGUGACUUAUCUGAUUAUUAUAACUUCCAUAAAUGUACCAUCAAUAUACAAGCCAGGCUCAUGGAUUUGCAGCCACCGAUGCAGCCUUGCCCAAUAGAGAUCCUGGAUGGAGAGUUUCAUGAUCGUAUGUUUUAUAUUGAUGUAAAAGACCAGCUUUAUUUUAAUGUCACAUUUGUCCCCAAGCCAGGCACUGGGGCACAUCCUUAUGUAACUGUGGGCAACCCACAUGUGCUGGCCUUCCGGGCACACAUUGUGCAAGAAGGCUAUACCUAUGAUGGAAAUCCUAAAUAUAUCUUACAUAUAAAACUGCUUGAACAAAGGUUCUCGGGAAUGUCCCAUGAAAACUUUUAUGAUGACUAUCUCACAGGCAAGGUAUCUACUGUCACUGUGGAUGUUUACAACAAAGGCAUAUUCUGUGUUGACAUGAACCCACAGACCGCUCUUAUUGCUGUGGACUGUCCACCUAAGAAACACAUCAGAGUUGUUAAGAGUACAACAGCAUGCUGCAAGGACCUCUUUAAGCCACGCCUAAUGCAAAAUUUUACUUAUUUAAUUGAUAAGAAUUUAUAUGAUCCAUUUUUUCUUGGCAGAAAAGAUAUAAAACAGGAGGACCAUCCUGUUCCUUAUAAAUAUGAGGAAUGGGAAUGUCCUCUGCUCCUAUAUUACGACAGUCCAUGGAUUCCAAGUCUUGAGCUGUGGGAAAAUGAUGCAUUUGUGGAAUAUGUACCUGCUGAUUUUGUACUCAUCGAAAUUAAUGGAAUGCAUAAUUAUGAUUAUCUCUUGAAUGAAGUAGAGGCAAAUUGUCUGUCAGCAGCUCAGAACUGGACCACUCAGAUACAAGUGGAUCCCGACAUCCACCCAACUGAUGCCUGGAGCAGAUAUAAUUAUCACAGUUGUAAGACACACAAAGGAAAUCAUUCAUUACCAUCCGCUGCCUCUAAGUAUCAAGUUCUAAACAUGAACGAGAAUAACAGAGUAAUAUUUCCACAGUACAGUGGCAUUUAUGUCUUCAAAAUCGUCGUUGUGGAUCCUCUCUACAGCUACUGUAACCUAAACACAACUGUCAGUGUGUAUGUGCAUGGUGCCCUCCCAAAGUCUGAGAUCAAUGUUGGUAAAACAUUGGUUAGCUUUCUGGUUCUGAUAUUUGGCUCCAUCCUGAUGGCAUACUACUUUCCUAAAUUAAUGAAGGAAAAUGCAAGGAUGAAAUCUAUUUGGGACUAAUACUUUAUCUUGUUGCCCCAAGUUCAAAGAAAGCUAUGCCAAGAUGAUAGAUUUCCAGUUUUAUAGUUACACAAAUUAGACUCUCUGAGUAGCUAUUUAGUAUAUUUAGGGUUAGUUUUAAUAAUAGUCAAUUUAUUAAUUCAACAGGUAUUGGAUAUUAAAAAAUCUAUAGCUUUAGUCAUGCACAUUUCACUGCAGGAAUAUGUAAACUGGCAGUGGCAAUGAGUCCAAUGUUCAGUACCAAUCCUUCCAUUUCACAGUCAAAAUAUAUUCUUCUGCUAUGGUCCCCUUUAUUAAAUAUUUUUUCUCUUUCUCUCCCACUUUUGGGAGGGUCUGAUUCACCCAGAAUGUUGCAAUACCUUUGACAGUUGUCUAUGAGCAUUCUGCUGUUAGUUAGUGGGCAUAAAUUGUCAUGCUACUUAAACCAGCAGUAACCAUCAGAUAUUAAUAAGCAGUUGCCUUAAUCUCUUCCAGGAUUUGCAAAAAAAAAUGUAAAACAUCCGUACAGGAAAUACAGUGCAUAUUUUAUUCUAUUUACAGUACAUUUGUUAUAAAUAUACAUUUCUUGAAAAGCUUAAUUAACUGGUAUUUUUAACAGAUUAAUUACAUUGUUUUAGUAACAUAAUAAAGUGAAUGAGUCUAAAUGAACAACAUUUCAUGUUUGUG